AUGGCGGAAAAUGGGUUUCUUCUCAUAUCUAUUCUUUUAGCUUUAUCACUCCCAUCUGCUCUUUCUCGUACUCUCUUACCACCCACCAUCACCGGAGCCACCUCCGACCUCGAUGUCUCUGCUUCCAUCAACAAAACCCUCCAUGUUCUCUCCUUCACUACUCAAAUGGCGUCGUCUUUUGACCUCCAUCCCACCUCAUCGUCUUCUUCGCUUCUCUCUCUGCAACUACAUUCUCGCAUCUCUGUUCACAAAUCCUCACACCAAGAUUACGAGUCACUUACAUUAGCUAGACUCGCUCGUGACUCAGCUCGGGUGGAAUCUCUUCAAACCAGGUUAGAUCUAGCCGUUAAUGGUGUCAAGAAGGCAGAUCUUAAGCCGGUAGAUACUGAGCUGGCAGCUGAGGAUUUGGAGGUUCCGGUUAUUUCCGGUACAAGUCAGGGAAGCGGAGAGUAUUUCUGCCGAGUCGGAAUUGGUCAUCCGGCGAGUCAGGUGUAUAUGGUACUCGAUACUGGUAGUGACGUCAACUGGGUACAGUGCGCACCCUGCGCCGAUUGUUACCAGCAAGCCGAUCCUAUUUUUGAGCCGGCGUCGUCCUCCUCUUACUCCCCUCUCACGUGCGAUGCUCAUCAGUGCAAGUCUCUAGAUGUUUCCGAGUGCAGAAACGGCACGUGCUUGUACGAGGUAUCAUACGGCGACGGCUCAUACACCGUCGGAGAUUUCGCGACGGAGACGGUUACUCUCGAGGGGUCCACGGCGGUUAAAGAUAUAGCUAUUGGCUGUGGACAUAAUAACGAAGGUCUGUUCGUCGGAGCCGCCGGAUUGAUAGGGCUCGGCGGCGGCCGGUUGUCUUUCCCGUCACAGAUCAACGCCACCUCUUACUCUUACUGCCUCGUCGACCGUGACUCUGACACAACCUCGACUCUUGAGUUCAACUCACCGAUGCCGCCCGACGCCAUCACAGCUCCGCUACUACGUAACGACAAAGUCGACACGUUUUACUAUGUGGAGUUAACAGGUCUCAGUGUCGCCGGAAACCUACUACAUAUUCCGGAAACGGCAUUUAAGUUGACCAGCGACGGUGGCGGCGGUGUCAUUGUUGAUUCCGGUACGGCGGUCACGCGGUUGGGGAGGGCGGCGUACAAUGCACUUCGGGACUCAUUUGUUAAUGAAACGAAAGGGUUGCCGGCGGCCACCGGAGUUGCGUUGUUCGAUACUUGCUAUGAUUUUUCGAAGAAGAAGAGCGUGCAGGUGCCAACGGUGUCGUUUCAUUUCUCCAACGGGAAAAAACUGGACUUACCGGCUAAGAACUACAUGAUAGCGGUUGACUCAUCCGGGACGUUUUGUUUUGGGUUUGCUCCGACGUCGUCUGGGAUGUCGAUUAUCGGGAACGUACAGCAACAAGGGACACGUGUCAGUUAUGAUCUUGAAAACUCCCUCAUUGGAUUCUCCCCUAAUAAAUGCUGAAACGGCGUCGAACAACGUUCUAGACUUUUUAUUGCUUGAUUUUGAAGUACCUUUUUUUUUCCUUUUUCUUUUUAAAUUAUGGAUCAAUUUAAUUGCGACCAAAUUAUGGCAGGGGGGGUUUAUUUGGCCCAAACGGGUGUGGGGUUAAAGUAGUCUUUUUAACAUGAAUGUAAUUAAUAACCGAAAUGUUUGGAGGGAUGAUAA